AUGGAGACCCUCAAGGCCGUCUUCUUUGGGCCUGACCCUGCAGCCCAGAUGAGGAAGUGCAAUGCCCUCAUCCGUGCAAACACCAGACAACUCGAUCGCGACCUCGCCCACCUUAAAGCCCUCGACAGUAAGACCCGCGGACACAUCAUUUCUGCGUCCAAGCGAGCCCAGCGCAAUCCAUCCCAGGCCAAGCAAGCGAUAAGUGAGACCAAAACAUUUGCACGAGAGCUGGUGCGGAUUCGGAAACAAUCCUCCCGGCUUACGACUAGCCGAGCCCAAUUGCAGAGCGUGGGAAUGCAAGUCAAUGAAGCGUUCUCGGUUCGCAAAAUUCAAGGCAGCCUUCAGAAGUCUACUGGAAUCAUGAAAGACGUGAAUACAUUGGUACGACUACCUGAGCUGACAUCGACCAUGCACCAGCUCUCGACCGAAUUGGUGAGGGCAGGCAUCAUUGAGGAGAUCGUUGACGAUGCUAUGCCUAACGACGAGCUGUAUGAAGGAGAGGACGAUGAGGCAGAGGAGGAGGUGGACAAGAUUCUGCAGGAGAUCUUGUCGGGCAAGCUUUCUCAGCCCGCGGUCGUCAAGCCUGCCCCAGAGGCUGUCGAGGCAACACCGGUCGAAAGCGAGCCCGAAUUCGAUGACCAAGAAGCAACCCUGGAACAGAUGCGGGGUCGUCUGGAAGCACUCAAGAGCUAA